CUUGGUUAUUGAAAGAUAUAUAAUUACUGCAAGUAUUUCUGAAGAAUCCAUCUCAUUAAUCUCUUGGCAUACAGUAUAUAAGAGUGCAGAGUUGUUCUGCACCAGCUCUCAGAUGCUGCAGUCAGGAGUGGCUUGUGCCCCUGAGCAGAGCCUCAUUCAAGCAGCAACUGACGUGUGCAAACUGAGCCUGAAGUAAUAGAGGGCAGCACCCCCAGCUCGUCUCCACCCCCUGACAUGACAGUUUACAUCAAAGAGGAGCCUGUAGAUGAGGGAGAGGACAUAACUGUGAAGGAUGAACCACUUUGCAGUGAAGAAUAUGAGGAUGCCAUGCCGUGCGAUGCCCCGGCCACCAUUGGUCAGGAUGUGAUGCCAGUUUUGCCUGAAAACAAGGAAGAAAAGAUGUCUGCCUCUGAGGAAAAUGUUUCUCCAGUGCCCAAUGGAGCAGCUUUAGUCCAGGAAGUUCUUUCCAAUCAACCUGUGUCUGAGCUCAAGUCAUCCAACUUGGCCAACAAUGACCAUGCAAGAUUAGCAGAGAAAUUACCCAAGGUUCCUUCAUCCACUGAUUUAUUACAUACAGAUGUUCCUUUUAAUGCCCACCAAAUUGCCAAACAAGAUUUUCAGGCUGUAUUAAAGUGCAAUUUAUGCAACUAUGUUGCAAAUAGAAAAAGCAAUCUCAAUAGUCACGUGUUUUCUAAACAUGGUUUGGGGAGAGGAUUCAAAUGCAAGUUGUGUGACUAUGCCGCUGCCAUGAAAAAUCGUCUUAAAGUUCAUCUGUUCACUAAACAUGGUUUGGGAAAAGGAUUGAAAUGCAAGUUGUGUGAUUACGUAGCUGGCAGAGAACGCUAUCUCAAUACGCAUAUGUUUUCUAAACAUGGUAUAGGGAGCGGUGUGAAAUGUGACCUAUGUGACUACGUUAUGGCUAAAAAAGACCAUCUCAAACAUCAUCUUUUUUCUAAACAUGGUUUGGGUAUGGGAAACAAUUGUAAGUUGUGUGAUUAUGUUACUAUUAGCAAAUCUCUCCUCAGUAUGCACCUUAUUUCAAAGCAUGGUUUGGGGGAGGGGUUAAAAUGCGACUUAUGUGAUUAUUCUACUCAUCAAAAAUAUUCUUUAGAUAUGCAUAUGUUUUCUAAACAUGGUCUAGGGAAAGGAUUCAAAUGCAAGUUGUGUGAUUAUAGCAACUUUAGAAAAUAUGUUCUUGAUGUGCACAUGUUUUCUAAACAUGGUUUAGGGAAAGGCUUCAGAUGUCAGUUCUGUGAUUAUGUUGCUGGUAAGAAAUGGUCUCUAACAAAGCACCAGAAAUCUAAACAUGUUUUGGCUUAGGAAAGAUCACUUAGUAAAAGUUGUGCUACAAUGUCUGCUAACGAUCCAAUCUAAACUUUACUGAGGGGUUUUAGUAAAAUUCAGUUUGUUUGUAUAUGUUCAGUUGAAAAAUAUAUCAAAUGCAUUCAGAUUUAUGACAAUUACUUAGUGAAAGGAUUCCGUAUUGAGUUUAGUUACAAUGCCACAGUCAAAUUUGCACAAAUUUCCCAAUCCAUACACCAGCCACGUCAGGAAAUCAAGGAGGUCUUGAUGCUAAGUAUUCAUGUCUGUCUUCAAAUUAUUAUUUUUUCAUUAAAUUAUUAUUUUCAUACUUCAAAUGGGAUAAUAUGGGAAAAUAUUGUGCAUCAAUUUUACAUAUACUACAGUUGGUAAUAUAAUAUUUUAUGUUUUAGUGUGUAAAUGAGUGUUGGUAGAAGGGCCUUUCAAGUGAUAAACUUGUUGGUGCCAAUGAUGUGAUCUGCCGCUAUAACUGCAAUGGUGGAUUAAGCAUAAAAUUCGCCUGCUUGUAUGUAGGUGAGGUUUGUGAUAUUGCUUACCAAAUGUAAAUUUUGGGCAUAAUAUUUGAAUUAAAAUCUCUGCAACAGAGGCUAUGAGAGAUUUUGUGUUGAUUUGAGCUUGCUUUUGUAGUCUCCAUUGAUGACAGAAAUGGCAUCAGCCACAAUUUGAAAGAGUUGUUGUGGAAUGCACUAAAUUCUCUUUAAGGUCGAUUUACUGCAUUUAUUAAUUUCCUGAAAAAGAUUUCCCAAUACCCUUAACCCUUGUACAUUAAUAGCAAGUGCUUGAAGGCAGCACUUAAUUUAUCAUUUAAUAUUCAUGCAGUGGAUUGGUGAACUCUAACAUACUUGAGCAGGAAACUCGAAUGACAAUUUGACUGCUCAUUAGCUCUGUGCUUUUCUUCCUUGAGCAAUGUUGUCUGUUUCUAUAUAACUUUUACAUUUUGCAACAACCACUAUAAAAUUGCAUGGAUUUAUUAAAAAAUAUUCUGAACAUCUUAGUUUUUAUGAACUUUUACAUUUACAACAACCACCAUAAAGUCGCAUUGAUUGCCUUCUGAAUAUCUUAGUUUCUUGGCAUCUGUGAUGACAUAGAAGGUGUGAGCUAAGCAAGUCAAUAUGAGGACAUUCCCACUUACCUAGACCCCAUUAUUUCUUUGUGUGUGUGGUAUUGUCCAUGCAAAUGGCCUGUUCUUCAUUGGUCCAACUUCUACAAUUUAUUUUAUGAUGCCACCUUCUUUUGUUUUAUGUAUUCUAUGGUAAGAUCUGCAGCACUUGUAGCAACUCUCUUCAAAAAUAUGAAAGCUCAAUAGUCACAAAAUUAAUUAACUUAUUACUUCAAAUUUUGCACAAUCUGUCUCAUCAAACUAUUACUAUUGUAAUAGGAUUUAACUACAAUUAUUAGUAAGAAUUACUAUCUUAGUCUCCAGAAAUAUUUAUCAAUUAGAUAUGUCCAGGAUACAUUUAAAAGAAUGUAUAAUAAAUCGUUACAUUGCCUAGCAAUAAAAAAUGCUAUAAAAUGUGG